AUGCCUACUUUUUUGUUCCUAAAUUUUUUGUUUCUCAUUCAGCCAGCUUUUCAAAUAUCAGACAGUGACACUUUUCUGAUACACAAUGAAAAACUUGAUCUUUGCCUAAAUCUUCAAGAAUUUUAUUCCUUCUCCCUUGAGAUCUGCAACAAGCACAACGAUCACCAAAAUUUUAAGUGGGUAUCUGAUCAUCAGAUAUUGAAUAUGGCAAAGAAGUUAUGCUUGAGUGUGCCUUCAAAAACAAACAUGAUACCAGUUACACUGUCACCAUGUAAUGAAACCCUUGAAUUACAAAAGUGGGAAUGCAGAAAUGACACGCUGCUUGCCCUUGCACCAUCAACACCACAACAAGAACAAAAUCUGUUUUUAAAUCCUGCUGAUGGGCGUGAGACUAGGGUUAUAUUAUCAGAUAACCCCACCACAAAAAGUGUUUGGAAGAUCUAUGGAACAAAGAAGAGCUUGUGUGACCAGAAAUAUGAAGCUCUAUUUACUAUAGGCGGCAAUGCCUUCGGAGCACCUUGCAAGUUUCCUUUCAAGUAUACGAAUAAAUGGUAUGCUGAAUGCAUAGUUGAUGAUGAUGAACACAGACGACUUUGGUGUGGAACAACUUCGGAUGUGGACAAAGACUCUUUAACUGGAUAUUGUCCCAUAAAAGAUAAAAAUGAUAACUUUUUCUGGACCAAAAAUUACUGGACAGAAGAUCUCUACCAGAUCAAUUCCCACUCAGCUUUAACAUGGGAUGAAGCAAGAAAAAACUGUCUGCAACAAAGUUCAGAAUUAUUGACCAUCAACGAACUACAUGAACAAGCAUAUUUGACAGGAUUAACGCAAAAUGUAGACGCCAGCUACUGGAUUGCUCUUAGUAAUCCAGAUUUUGACAAUGGAUGGCAGUGGACUAAUGAACAGCCUUUAAGAUAUUUAAAUUGGGCUCCAGGUAGCCCUUCUUCAGAAACAGGAAAAAACUGUGGAUUAUUGCAGGGUAGGAAUGGCAAAUGGGCAAAUAAUCUGUGUGAACAGAAGCAUGGAUACAUCUGUAAAAGAGUGAACUCUUCAGUACAGGCACCUGGACCUUCUCCAGAUGAUCUUAAGCCAGUUAAAUGUCCAGGUGACUGGGUUGGAUAUGCAAAGCACUGUUACCGUCUGAACAGAGAUCGCAAAACGUGGAAGGAUGCCUCAGUCUCCUGCCAAAAGGAUGGUGGACAUUUACUAAGUAUACAUGACAUUGAGGAAUACAGCUUUGUUUUUUCUCAGCUUGGUUACAAAUCAACAGAUAAUUUGUGGAUAGGCCUAAAUGACCAGAAGACUUCUUCAUAUUUUGAAUGGAGUGAUGGUACUACAGUAAGAUUCAUCAGAUGGCAGAAAGGAGAACCCACACUUAUAAGCAACGUGCAGGAAGACUGUGUUAUCAUGAGUGGGAAGAAUGGAUACAUGGCGGAUCAUUUCUGCGAAGAUGAAUUAGGAUACAUCUGUAAAAAAGAGUCUUCAGAAUUUCUUCCUGAAACCGAAGUAGUUGCUGAUCCAAAAUGCCAAAAAGGCUGGAAAAGAUAUGGCUUCUAUUGUUACUUAAUUGGAAAGACACUUGGAACAUUUUCAGAAGCAAAGACAUCUUGUGAAACAAACCAUGGAUUUCUGAUCUCUGUUGAGAAUAGAUUUGAGCAGGCCUUCCUGACUAGCCAAAUUGGACACCGUCCUGAAAAAUAUUUCUGGAUUGGCCUUUCGGAUGUAGCGAAUCCAGGAACUUUCAACUGGACCAAUGGAGACACCAUUCAGUUCACUCACUGGAAUGCAAAAAUGCCUGGCCCAAAUCCCGGCUGCGUUGCCAUGAAAACAGGAGAAGCUGCUGGACUGUGGGAUGUUGUCAAUUGUGAGGAGAGGGCUGCCUUCCUUUGCAAGCAUUUGGCUGAAGGGGUGACACCUCCUCCAAUCCCGAGAGCAACGCCCCCUCCCCCAUGUCCUGAAGGAUGGACUGCAAGUCCAACGAGGAAUGUCUGCUUCAAGGCAUAUAAAGUGAAGAGACCUGAAAAGAAAACUUGGUAUGAGGCACAUUACUUUUGUACAUCAAUUGGAGGAGACCUGGCUUCUUUUCAUAAUAGACAAGAGUUUAUUUUACUGAAUGAACUAUCACAAUAUAAAAUGAGCUGGGUUGGUUUAAGAAUCAUGGAUUCCAGCCCAGGAUACACUUGGACUGACGGGUCUCCUGUAAACUAUGAACCAGCAAUAUAUUGGUUUUCAGAAAAUGAAAAUAAUGAAAGAUGCAGAUCAAUAUGGGGAAAUAAAAGAUAUUGGGAUGAAGAGAAAUGCUGGCUGUUAUAUAAUUGGAUCUGCCAAAUUACAAGAGGUUCAACCUUAAAAGAAGAACCAAAUGACAACUUUGAGAGUAAUUAUACAAGAAUUGAAGAUGGAUGGAUUCAAUUUGAAUACAAUGAGUAUUAUUUCAGUAAUACAACAAUGCCUGCAGAAAAAGCCCGGAAGUUCUGCAAACAACAUCAUGGUGAUCUUACCACCAUUGAGAAUAAACAAGAAAAAGUGUUUUUGCGGAAAUAUGCCUACCAUUAUGGAAUUGGUUAUGAUUCUUACAUUGGUUUAACCUUGGGUCUUGACAAAAAGUUUGGCUGGAUGGAUGGAACUCCCGUGACAUAUGAAGACUGGGCCCCCGGUGAACCCAACUUUGCAAAUGAUGAUGAAAACUGUGUAGUUAUGUAUUAUAAUUCAGGCAAUUCCUCUCUGCUGGAUAUUAUCAGAACUAGGAUAGCAGGGACAAAUCUGGCUUGCUUUCAAAUAUUUGGCUUCAGAGAAGAGGAGAAGAAAAACUGGAGUGCUGCGCGUGAUCACUGCAGAAACCUAGGAGGAAACCUGGCUAGUAUACCAAACAAAGCUGUUCAAGCUUUUCUCACAGUGCAGUUGAAAAGUGUUAGUGGUAAUAUUUGGACUGGAUUGACUGACACAAAUUGGUGGGGACGUUUCGUCUGGACUGAUGGGAGUGGAGUCUAUUUUACAAAUUGGGCUAAAGGGUCACCUCGUUCAUACGAUGGUGACUGUGUUUUUAUGGUGACAAAACCUGAAAGACUUGCAGGAUAUUGGAGAGUUGGAGCCUGUUCUUCUAAUAUGUCCUAUAUCUGCCAAAAAAAUACUGGUCCUGAACCUUACUCUGAACCAACGGAUCCAGCAUCUCAUUAUAUCAGUUAUGGAAAUAGCAGCUAUUCUAUGGUUAGUCCCAAGAUGACCUGGGAAGAAGCAAGGAAGAAAUGUGAAUCUGAAAAUUCAAAACUGGCUGCCAUUCUAGACCCCUAUGCAGAAUCAUUCAUAUGGCUGCAAGUGCUCAAAUACAAGGAGCCUGUAUGGAUUGGACUAAGCAGCCAAGAGAGAGAUGCUGGGUAUAAGUGGGUAAGUAAAUGGAUGCUAGCAUACACUAACUGGGCUGCUGAAGAACCAAGGCAUAACACCGGCUGUGUCUACCUAGACAUUGAUGGUUAUUGGAAAACAGGAAACUGCAGUGAAAAAUACUAUUCUGUUUGUGAGAGAUAUAAUGGUAUAGUACCAACUGAGAAGCUACAAUCAGCAGGAAAAUGCCAAACUUCCAAAAACAGACAAGAAUCUUGGAUUCCUUUUGGAGAUCAUUGCUAUAAAUUUUACCUUUCAUGGGCAUCUUGGUCACAUGCUGCCCUGUUAUGUGAUCAGAUAGGUGGUGCCUUGACUUCAAUCAAAGAUUCAGUUGAAUUACACUUUUUAAAGGAAGAAAUGGAAAUACUUGGAUCUAUGGAGUUUUGGAUAGGCUUAUACAGUAAUCAGGAAGGAGAAUGGAUGUGGAAAGAUAAUAGUAACAUCGCUUUUGUCAACUGGAAUAAGCCAGAUGAUCACGAAGAAAAUGAUAGAAGCGAGAUCUUAAGUAACAGGUGCAUUUUCAUGAAUAGUAAAUCUGGAUUUUGGUUCGAAAGCUACUGUGGAUCUUAUUCAUCAAGAACAUUUGUUUGUAAAAGAAACAAAAUUAUUGAAGAAUCAGCUGUAAACACUACAAAAAUACCAGUGCAGAAAGGAGGGGAACUUCUAUCAACACAUGGCACAGCUGUGGGGGUAAUUAUCCCAAUUAUCUUCAUAGUCAUCGGUGCAGGAAUCGCAGCCUAUAUUUUCUAUAGAAGAAGAAACAGACCACAAGUCUCUGCUGGAUUUGACAAUUCUUUGUACAGUGACAAUGUGGUUAUUCUUCAUAAGGAUUCACAAUCUCUUGUAGACAAUCAAGAAUUAAAUAAACAAAUAUAACUGGCAUCUUGCUGUGGAUAAGGCCCACUGGAUACAAUACAUU